AUGUCUGGUGAAGUCAAAGCCACCGAGGCGCCUGCCAAUGGCAACACCGAUGCCGAGAAGGACGUGCAGAACCUCCUCUCCGAGUUGAAAGGCGAAGGCGAAAAGCCCGAGCAAGAAUCGAAGCCCGAAGCAGCCGCUGACGACGAGGAAGCUCGCAUCAUUGCCGCCGCCAGCAAACUUGGCCAAGAGUCUGCCUCGAAGGAGUCUAAGCCUGAGGUGAAGGGCAGACACCAGGGUGAUCGCAAACACCGUAACUAUCGCGACAACAUCAAAUCAGACUUGACUUCGCAGGAAACAACCGACGACCCCAACGAGAUCAGGAAGCAGGUCGAGUUCUACUUCUCCGACUCCAAUCUUCCCAUGGACAACUUCCUCCUCAAGAAGGUUGGUGGUAGCGCCAACGAAGCCGUGGAACUUGAGGUUCUUCACGCUUUCAAGCGCAUGCGUCGUUUCCAGCCUUUCAGCGCCAUCGUCGAAGCCCUAAAGUCUUCCGAGACCUUGGACCUCAUCGAGAACGACACCAAGAUCCGUCGCAAAGUCCCAUUGCCCGAAACUGUCAACGACUUCCUCGACCCCAAUGUGGUCAAGGUGUUUGAAAACGAAGCCAUGGGCCGCAGCAUCUAUGCCAAAGGAUUUGGCGAAGAAGGCCCAUCCACUCAGCUUGAAAUCGAGAAAUUCUUUUCCGAAUUCGGCCGCACCAACGCGAUCCGCCUUCGUCGAGCCUACGACAAGACUUUCAAAGGAAGCGUCUUUGUCGAGUUUGACACUGAGGAGACCCAGAAGAAAUUUCUUGCAUUGGACCCCAAGCCCAAGUGGAAUGGCCAGGAUCUGCUGAUCAAAAGCAAGAAGGAGUACUGCGACGAGAAGGUCCAAGAUAUUCAGUCUGGCAAGAUCAAGGCUGGUGGUCGUGGCCGGGGCCGUGGUCGAGGUGGCCGUCACGGCGAUGACAAGCGUGACUGGCGAGACCGACGUGAUGAGGAUCAGAGGAGGGGAUUCCGUAACAACCGGGGUGGUGGUCGGGGUCGUGGACGCGGCGGCCGUGAUGCCUCGCCCCCUAGAAACCCUGUCCAGAAAGAUUCUCGUGGCGUUCCCGUCAUCAAGAGCAGCGCCGAUGACAAGUCAUCUGGACAAAAGCGAGCUCGCGACGAGGACGGAUCCAACGGCUCUCAUCCUGCCAAGAAGGUUGACGCCAAGGAAACUGAAUGA